UCUUACAGGGGUCUCUCUCUCCCCAGCGAAGUUUUCAGGACGAUAAGCGCUGCAGGAGUGUAAGGGGAAUACUUGCUAAACUCUGCCUCCUCUAUUAUUUAUGUCCGAGCAUGAUUUAUGAGGAAUCAAAGAUGAACUUGGAGCAGGAGAGGCCUUUUGUCUGCAGUGCCCCAGGCUGCUCACAGCGUUUUCCAACAGAGGAUCAUCUGAUGAUUCACAGGCACAAACAUGAAAUGACUUUGAAGUUUCCUUCAAUAAAAACAGAUAAUAUGUUAUCAGAUCAGACUCCUACACCAACUCGCUUUCUGAAGAACUGUGAGGAAGUCGGCCUCUUCAACGACAUUGACUGCUCCCUAGAGCACGAGUUUAGGAAGGCACAAGAAGAAGAGAACAACAAAAGGAAUAUCUCCAUGCAUAACACAGUUGGAGGAGCAAUGGCAGGACCUGGAUCCCACCAGCUGGCAAACACAAGGAUGCCAAACCAUGACACCAGCGUUGUGAUUCAGCAAGCCAUGCCAUCUCCACAGUCCAGCUCUGUCAUUACACAAGCACCUUCCACAAAUCGGCAGAUUGGGCCUGUCCCAGGUUCUCUGUCUUCGCUGCUGCACCUCCACAACCGACAAAGACAGCCCAUGCCUGCCUCAAUGCCCGGCACCCUGCCCAACCCCACCAUGCCAGGAUCCUCCGCUGUCCUCAUGCCUAUGGAGCGACAAAUGUCAAUGAACUCCAACAUCAUGGGGAUGCAAGGGCCGAACCUCAAUAAUCCAUGUGCUUCACCUCAAGUUCCCCCAAUGCAUUCAGAAGCCAAAAUGAGAUUGAAGGCAGCACUGACUCAUCAUCCUGCCGCCAUGUCCAACGGGAACAUGAACACCAUGGGCCACAUGAUGGAAAUGAUGAGCUCGCGGCAGGACCAGACACCGCACCACCACAUGCACUCGCAUCCUCAUCAGCACCAGACGCUGCCACCUCACCACUCAUACCCACACCAGCACCAGCACCCGGCGCACCACCCUCAUCCUCAGCCUCACCACCAGCAGAACCAUCCCCACCACCACUCCCACUCGCACCUUCACGCACACCCGGCGCACCACCAGACCUCUCCGCACCCCCCGCUGCACUCGGGAGGACAAGCACAGGUUUCGCCGGCGGCGCAGCAGAUGCAGCCCACGCAGACGGUACAGCCACCGCAGCCGACCGGAGGCCGCCGGAGGAGGGUGGUGGACGAAGACCCAGAUGAGAGGAGGAGGAAAUUUCUGGAAAGGAACCGAGCCGCUGCCACGCGCUGCAGACAGAAGAGGAAGGUCUGGGUGAUGUCACUGGAAAAGAAAGCAGAAGAGCUCACCCAGACAAACAUGCAGCUUCAGAACGAGGUUUCCAUGCUGAAAAAUGAGGUAGCACAGCUGAAACAGUUAUUGUUAACACAUAAAGACUGUCCGAUAACAGCUAUGCAGAAAGAAUCACAAGGAUAUCUAAGUCCCGAGAGCAGCCCUCCUGCAAGCCCGGUCCCAGCUUGCUCCCAGCAGCAAGUCAUCCAGCACAACACCAUAACGACCUCCUCCUCCGUCAGCGACGUCGUGGGAAGCUCCACUCUCACCCAGCUCGCCAGCCACAGAACAGACAUCAACCCCAUCCUUUAAAAGUGGCUGAUCAGAAACUGCUGGGGGAGUGUGGUACCGUAUCAAAGCGUCCUCUCUGCUAAGGACAUUUGCAACCGUAACUCAAGCCUGGAAGAUUCCUCAGUUCUUGAAAGACUCUGCCUGUUCAUUUUUAUAGCUAUUAAAAUGUCUUUUAUACUUAGUUACAUAAAAGGGAGUUACGCAAUUAAUAUGCUAUCAGCUUGAGAAAUGCUUUGGUGCUUUCUCCAUUUUUUUGGUACCAGUUACUUGUUUAUAAACCUAACUGUUUCUGUACAUAGUCAUGUUUCCUUCUCACCAGUCUAGCCUGCAGCCUCAGAAAUGCAAAGUUGUGUUAAACUGCAGCUUGUUAGCCAAUGUGAGGCAUGAAAAGUAUUAAACAGAGUCAAACAUAGGUAACUAGGAGUAAUUAGGCUAUAAAUAUAGAGCGAGGGCAUCUGCUGACAGCAUAAUAAAAAAGAGUUAGCGUUGUGCUAUCAGCAGACCACGUCUUGCAUUCAGAGCCUCUUUCAGAGCAGUUAUAUAGGAUGUGGCUUCAGGACAAAAUCAAGCCCAAAUAGCGUGCUCUUUUGUCUAACCCUCCCCCUUCUCCUCUCUCUCCUACUCUGGCCUUUUUCUCCUCCAGUUAU